AUGACGCCAGCCGUUCCCGAGACAUCAAGCUCCAGUAUAGACCUGAAGAUCAAGCGUCGCCGUGAGCGUGGUCGAAGGGCACAGAGCGCCUUCAGGAAGCGCCAGGCACAGGCAAAAUUUGAUCUCGGGACCGAGAACAGCCGAUUGAGGGAGGCUCUGCAAACAAUCCUGGACGAGGUCCAGGCAGACGAUCGACCUGAACUUGUUGCCAAAAUCCGGGAAGCAGCGAGCCUACUGGAGGGACUGUCAUCUUCCGACCAGACCCAGGAGACUGAAAGUUCCGUCGAGGUUGCCCAGAGUCGGAGCGGCGCCAACUCAGUUAUCGACUCCUUACAGUCGACUUAUCUGGGAUCGGGCAGCGAGCCCGACAGCGACAAUGACAUGCAGCGACUAUCCCGGCAAGUCCAACUAGUGGCAGCAUAUUCCGAAUCUGGUCUCAUGGACCGGCAACGAAUGGAGAUUAUAAAUGACCCACUCCAGCGAGUGGCCUGUGACAGUUGGCUUGGUACCAUCCUUCCUUUUCUAGGGUCUGGGGCAUUUACCCUUGCCGGUCGGAUUUUCUGGCGCUUGACAGCUCAUUGGGAGGCGAUGACCAACAUGCACCAAGUCGUACAACUGCCAGCACGCUUGCCUGCAGUCCCCAUCCAGAGUACUCAGUGGCCAAGCCUCAGGGAUCUGAUGUACGGUUCAGUCUACCAGGACCUACAUGAGUUCGACGUCGAAAGCUGGAAAGAUUCUGUUUCUUCCCGCCUGAGCUAUAGCCAUGGCCACGGCAUUCUACCCAUACAUGACUCAAAGACUCGCAACAAAACACCAGUUCGCUGGCUCACCCCGACCGAGGUGGAACAGCGUAUACGUUACGCUGUGGGCAACGAGGUGUUUGCCGUCCUUACCCAGCCGACGUUAGAGCGGUGGGAAAAGUCUGGCGACGUGUUUGCAUUCAAACACGGCCCGGAGGGUUCCGCCAGGAAGGAGAUGGCCGACGGCGAAGACCUAGUCGAUGCCUUGCUGGACUGGGUAGUGGCCAACUACACGUGUUUUGGCGACGGGCCACGGUGGAGUCUGAGACAGUUCGACGAGGGUCUCAGGGAGUGGUGUCUGAGAGCGACGGCAAGGGCAACGGUUCCUUCCCCGGACAAGUGA